CUGAAGGCAGCAGCAGGCUGACUGGCUCUGUGAAGAUGGCGGACUGUAUACGUGUUCCUCUGCUCCUGCUUCUGAUGUGCAUCUUGUCGGCCGUGCAUCAUAUUCGAGGAGACAACAGUGUUGUCUCCAGACUUAAUGGUAAUGCUGAUAACCUGCAGAAUCCCGCCGGUGGUCCGGGGCCAGUUGCGGUCAUCCCGGUAGCCGCUGAUAGGAGCCUGGCUGCUGGGGCCUCGCUGCCUCGGAGGCGCUCUGCCGGCUGGAAGUUAUCAGAGGAGGCGGUGUGCAGGGAAGACCUGACCCGGCUUUGCCCCAAACAUUCUUGGAACAACAACCUGGCAGUGCUGGAGUGUCUCCAGGACAAGAAAGAGGAAACUGAGAUUGCUGCCGAAUGCAACCAUCUGCUGUGGAACUACAAGCUGAACCUGACUACCGACCCAAAGUUUGAGUCUGUAGCUGUGGAGGUCUGCAAGACUAUCAUCCCUGAGAUUAAAGAAUGUGCUGCGGAGGAGCUGGGUAAAGGCUUCCUAGUGUCCUGCCUGGUGGAUCAUCGCAGCAACAUCAGUGACUACCAGUGCAACCAGUACAUCACCAAAAUGACCAGCAUCGUCUUCAGUGACUACCGGCUCAUCUGUGGCUUCAUGGACAAAUGCCGCGAGGACAUCAACACACUGCGCUGCGGUAGCAUCAGCAUAGGAGAGAAGGACAUCCACUCUCAGGGUGAGGUGAUCGCCUGUCUGGAGAAAGGUUUGGUACGGGAGGUCGAGGAGCAGGCUGGGGCACACACCAUCAAGGACGACUGUAAGAAGGCCAUCAUGAGAGUGGCUGAACUGUCUUCAGAUGACUUCCACCUUGACCGCUACCUCUACUUCUCCUGCCGCGAGGACCGGGAGCGCUUCUGUGAAAAUACACUGGCAGGAGAGGGACGAGUUUACAAAUGCCUCUUCAAUCACAAGUUUGAGGAGACAAUGACUGAGAGGUGCCGUGAGGCGUUGACCACCAGGCAGAAGCUGAUUGCUCAGGACUACAAGGUGAGCUACUCGCUGGCCAAAGCCUGCAAGUCAGACCUGAGGAAGUACCGCUGCAGCGUGGACACCAACAUGCCCCGAGCUCGAGAAGCUCGCCUGUCCUACCUGCUUCUCUGUCUGGAGUCCGCUGUGCAUCGAGGUCGUGUGGUCAGUGGCGAGUGUCAGGGAGAGAUGAUGGACUACAGGCGGAUGCUGAUGGAGGAUUUUUCUCUGAGCCCGGAGAUAGUGCUGCAGUGUCGCAGCGAGAUUGAGGGUCACUGCUCCGGUCUGCACCGAAAAGGACGAACAUUGCACUGCCUGAUGAGGGUCGGCCGAGGAGACAUGGGAGCCAUCGACCCCAACUGUCAGAGGGCGCUCCAGACUCUGAUUCAGGAAGCCGAUCCAGGAGCCGACUACCGCAUCGAUCGAGCACUGAACGAGGCGUGUGAGUCGGUCAUCCAGACUGCCUGCAAACACAUCCGCAAUGGAGACCCCAUGAUCCUAUCAUGUCUGAUGGAGCAUCUGUACACUGAGAAGAUGGUAGAGGACUGUGAACACAGACUGCUGGAGCUGCAGUACUUUAUUGCCAGAGACUGGAAGCUGGAUCCUAUCCUGUAUAAGAAAUGCCAGGGUGAUGCAGCUCGGCUCUGCCACACUCACGGCUGGAACGAGACCAGCGAGAUGAUGCCGCCGGGUGCCAUUUUCUCCUGCUUGUACCGUCACGCUUACCGCUCUGUGGAGCAGGGGCGGAGGCUCCCUGGUGGGCCAUCUGAAGCAGGAAACCAAGGUUUUACUCUCUCUCGGGACUGUAAGGUGGAGGUGCAGAGGAUUCUCCACCAGAGGGCACUGGACGUGAAGCUGGACCCUGAGCUGCAGAAACGCUGUUUGACCGACUUGGGAAAGUGGUGUAGUGAGAAGACUGAGGCAGGACAGGAGCUUGAGUGUCUGCAGGACCAUCUAGAGGACCUGGUGUCCGACUGCCGAGAUGUCGUGGGAAACCUGACAGAGCUGGAGUCUGAGGAUAUUCAGAUCGAGGCACUGCUUAUGAGAGCCUGUGAACCCGUCAUCCAGGCCCACUGCCACGAGGUAGCUGAUAAUCAGAUCGACACUGGUGAUCUGAUGGAGUGCUUGGUUCAAAACAAACACCAAAAGGAGAUGAAUGAGAAGUGUGCAGUGGGAGUGACACACUUCCAGCUGAUUCAGAUCAAGGAUUUCCGUUUCUCCUAUAAGUUCAAAACAGCCUGCAAGGAGGAUGUCCUCAAACUGUGUCCCAACAUCAAGAAGAAGGUGGACGUAGUGAUGUGCCUCAGCACCACAGUGAGGAACGACACGCUGCAGGAGGCCAAGGAACAGCGGGUGUCUGUCAAAUGUCGUAAACAGCUCCGGGUGGAGGAGGUAGAGAUGUCGGAGGAUAUCCGUCUGGAGCCGGAGCUUUACGACUCCUGUAAGCAGGACAUCACCAGACUGUGUCAGAAUGUGGCUUACGGCAACGCACAGGUCAUUGAGUGUCUGAAAGAGAAUAAGCGUCAGUUGACUUCUCGCUGCCACCAGCGGAUAUUCAAGCUGCAGGAGGUGGAGAUGGUCGAUCCUGAACUGGACUACCAGCUGAUGAGAGUCUGCAAGCACAUGAUCAGGCGGUUCUGUACAGAGUCAGAGGGGAAGAACGUUCUUCAGUGUCUGAAACAGAACAAGAACAGUGAGCUCAUGGAUCCUAAAUGUAAACAGAUGAUCACGAAGAGACAGAUCACCCAGAACACAGACUACAGGCUGAACCCGGUGCUAAGGAAAGCCUGUAAAGCAGACAUCCCUAAGUUCUGUCAGCCCAUCCUGAACAAAGCAACCGCAGACAGCGAGCUGGAGGGUCAGGUCAUCUCCUGCCUCAAACUCAAAUAUGCCGACCAGCGUUUGUCUACAGACUGUGAAGAUCAGAUCAGGGUCAUCCUGCAGGAGUCAGCGCUGGACUACAGACUGGACCUUCAGCUGCAGAUCCAUUGCACACAGGAGAUCUCCAGUCUGUGUCCGGAGGAGGCAGCAGCUCAGGAGCAGACGGGGCAGGUGGAGGAGUGUCUCAAGGUCAACCUACUAAAGAUCAAACAGGACCCCUGUAAGAAGGAGGUGUUGAACAUGCUGAAGGAAAGUAAAGCGGACAUCUUCGUCGACCCUGUCCUCCACACAGCCUGCGCUCUGGACAUCAAGCACCACUGUGCCGCCAUCCCACCUGGCAGGGGGCGCCAGAUGUCUUGUCUCAUGGAGUCGCUGCUGGACAAACGCAUUCGUCUGCAGCCAGAAUGCAAGAAGAGACUUCAGGAUCGCAUAGACAUGUGGAGCUACGCUGCCAAGGUGGCUCCCGCUGAGGGUUUCUCAGACCUGGCCAUGCAGGUGAUGACAUCACCAUCCAAGAACUACAUCCUGACUGUGACUGGUGCAGGUGUUGCACUGCUCUUCUUGAUGGGGCUGCUUUGUGGCCGUUUCACUAAGCGUGUCACUCAGGAGCUGAAGGACAGGUAGACCACGCCAACUCUGGGGUCUGGACACACCCACAGGAGAAACGACCGCAGCUGAAAUAGGACCACCCCUCCCCAUCAUUUAACCCCCCUGACGGCCACAGCUACUCUAUCUCCUUCUCCAUUUUGCACCCCUGUUUCAUUUCAAAUCACUUCCUGCUCUUCUUGAGUGACAUCACUCACAGUCUCGCAAAUGAAAGUGGAAGUCCACAUCCAUAUGGAUUUUUCUUCAGAUCUUUUCCAACAUAGGGCGCUGGGUCAUCCUGCUGUUUUAAAUGCGCUCACCCGAUGUAGAUGCAGUAUUACUUGACUUUUUUUUUUUUUCUUCCUCCCCCUGCCCCCAUUACCAUGGUUGGAGGGGUGGGGUAAGGAAAGGAGAGGGAGGGGGAUGAGUUAGUCUGGGGUUUAAGGAUACGGGGUCAAAGGUGAAACUUAAGGGGAGAGGGAUGUGGAUGAAAAUGUAAAGUGUAAAUGUGUAGAAAGUGGGAUGGGAAAUGCUCAUGUAUAGAGACUACAGUGUAUGUGUGUGUGUGAGAUUCUAUGUGUGAGUGCAGGUUUGUGAAUGUGUGUAAUGUAAACUGUCUUUGAUCCACCAAAUUAUUUUAGUUUGUCCUCCUGCUUAAAGGUUUUUGGGAUUGUUUGGUUCUGGAUAUAUCAAUUUGAUACCUUUUUUUUUGGGAUGAUGUGCUAGAAUUUAUUGCCAUGGGACUGCCAGGCGGGUGGUGCCAACCAGCCAGCCCUCCACCAAGCCACAAAGAUGAGAAAAAAGGAGGGUGGGAGCCAGCUCGCUCAAAGCGGCACUACAACAGGGAUGACUUGUUGAUAAGUUUUCUUUCUUUUUUUUUAUUUGAAACAACAGACCUGGCAACCUCGGCUCUCCUUUGAUGCAGUUUUUAAAAGCCUAAUCUGUGCCGUAGCGCACCACAUCCACCUGCCACUCCCAGUUUAGCUGAUGUCACAGUCUUAGCAGCUGCUUGGGAAGUUCUGGCCUCGUUCCAUCACGCCACCGGAUAAAUAGUGAUCCCUGACUGAAUCUGAACUGGCUGGAGCAGACAUAUUGGAAAAACAGGCAGAAGCUGAGAGCAAUGCAGGAAAAAAAAGAAGAAAGAAAGACAAAAAAAUACUUUACAUUAUCAUGAAGAUGUGAACAUUUUGUGUAACGAUGAUACUGGAAUCAUAGCACAUUCUUAGUUCUUUUUUUAUAUCUAUAAAUAUAUAUAUAUAUAUAUAUAUAUAUAUAUAUUGUUUUGUCAUAGCCUUAUUUAUUUGUUUACUAAUGGACAAACUUUUUUUUAAUGAUUUGAAUGUUCUCUGGUUGCCUUUUCUCCAGCGAGUAAGUGUGGGAUGGAGGGGGGAAGGUGUCUGCGUCCUCAAGGUUUCAACUUACUCCAGCAGACUGCUAUUUCUUUCCCACAGGGGGCAGCAAACGCCUCUUUGGUCAGCAGGGUGAGUUGUCACAGUAACCAGAACACUCAGUGACUGUUGAUCAGUGAGGCUCCACAUAAUCUGAGCUUGUGACUGAACUAGACAAAUCCAGUCGUUACAUGGAUGUCUCGAAUGUGAUGAUACUUUGGGAAUGACCACUGCUGCUUCACUUUUGAAACCGAUCGGUGAUUUGGACAUUAAGACCAAACAGGAAGUUUGAUUAAACUGUUACGUAUUGUUCGGAUCAUGUAAGAGAUGUUGAUUUGACUCUGUACGAAACAAAACAACUGGGCUGAUUCACAUAAUAGAAAAUGCAAUGUUCAAGUUUGAGGCGUUAAAGCAAAGCAGACAACUGUGUGAUAUUUAGCAUUUUAAUUCUGAGUCAUUAAAUUCAUUGGCUGUUUGGCUGUGUAUUUGAUGCAUCAUUUGAAAUAUGACGGUUAAAGUUGGCGGAAGAAGGCAGUCGAGGUUUCGCUGUCAGCUACUUUGCCGACUGUAAAACCACCAGAGGGGAAUGUGUCCCCUCCCAGCUCGAGCCUGUCAUGUGCACUCGUGUGCACUGUACUGCGUGACAAACUGUAAACUACUCACCCUGCAGUUAGGCUGAACUGCAGAUUUUUGUCUCUAGUUGUUGCAGCUUGGUGAGGUGAGCGCUGCCCUCCCUGCUUGAAAGUGAGAUGCUCCGAUUCAUUCAACUGCCUUUGCGGUUUUUUUUAUCCCUCAUUUGACAUCCGUUUUAUCAAAGCGUGCCUACUCACCGUCCCGCUGAGGGAUCCCACUGUACAGAACAUCCCAGAACCCCCUGAGGCACCAAGCAGAGGGCCUUUGAGUGUGUGUUGGUGUUUGAUGGAUGAUGUGCGUUUGUGUGUGUGUGUUGCCCACAGAUUUCAGACAGAAUGCUGCGUGAUCUCUAGUCGAUUCCUUGCGGUCUUAGUUGUCCCAGGUGAUGGCGACCAAAACGUUUGAUUUAAAGUUUGUGAUGAUAAAGAUGUUUUUGUAAACUAUAUUUUGUGUCUGAAUCCGUGGAGCUCCUCAGUCAUCUUCUGAUUUAUUUUCUCCCUGUACAAAUUUUUUGUUCUGUACAGAUGAAAAUUGGAAAGUUUGUUAAUAAUAAAGUCUGCAAGGUUUCUA